UGAUUGGUUUUUGUGUAAUAUACGUUAAUAGUUUUGUAUACAACUAUUUUUUGUUUUUUGUUUGUUUUUUUUUUUUGGAAUUCACUCGUCGCACUAGUAUGACAAAUGAGUGGAUCGAUUUGGCGGAUCGGCGUUUGCGUGCGCCGCUACGUGCGGGCUAUAAUCAUCAUCAAUUGUUGCUCAACAACAAUUACACCGGUGGAUACACGAGUAAAUUCCAUUUGCGCGCGCAUAAAUUACAACAAUUGCACACCGUUGGUGCGAAGUUAAAAGAUGUGCCAUCACAAAUUCCACCACUCACUCCCGGCACCAAUCGAAAGGUAGCUGAAGUGUUAAAGGCCUCCUUCGCUUCAUGGGAGAAAGAGGUGCAAAACUGUAAUAUAACCAAAGAUCCCCGCGAAUGGAAGGAAGAGCAUGUUAUCUAUUGGCUCAACUGGGCAAGCAAAGAAUUCUCACUGGUCUCAAUGAAUUUGGAGCCUUUUAUUAAAAUGAAAGGACGUGAUAUGAUUGAAUUAGGCAAAGAUAAGUUUCUAGCCAUAACGCCACCAUUUACGGGUGAUAUUUUGUGGGAACAUUUAGAUAUACUGCAGAAGGAUUGUGAAAAAUUCGCCAAUGAUGAUGUUGUUAAUGUACAACAGCAACAACAACAACAAAACGCCUUUGAGGCGUCCACGACAGCGUCGCAUUGUGGCUCUGAUCAUCAAGUCGGCAAUUAUUUAGGUAGUAACAGCAAUAAUAAUAACAAUAGCAACAACAAUAACAACAGUCACAGAUUAACAUCCGAUUAUACAACACCACCAGCCAGUGAGAAAAGUAGCUUUCAUUCACCGUCGGUGCAUCACAGUGGCUACAGCAGUAAUCCGCACGAUCACAGCAAUAACAGCCCGCCCCCGCAAACGCAACAACAAACACAGAAUGCUAACAAUAAUGGUGGUUCGCUGCUUUCGCAUGCGCAGCAGCAGCAACAACAACAACAGUCGCAACAAAGCAAUCCCGCCGCCAACAGCAAUGCGUCAGGCGUCAACGCCAACCAGUCGACCGGUCCGACGACCAAUCACAACAACAACAAUAGUGCCAAUAUGAAUUACAUGCACGUGGCGUUACGAAACUCGGCCGCUGCGGCCGCACUCUACAGCCAACAUCAGAUGAAAGAGGAACCGGGCACACAGAACACCUCCUCCUAUUCGAGUCUCGGCAGCGGCAGUAGUAACGGUCAAACCGAUCCAGCUGAUCUCUCUGUUUCAUCCGUUUAUGGUUUGCCACCACAUCUCGCUGGUGCUGCCGCUGCGGCAGCUGUUGCUGCAGCCACCGGUGUACACUACGAUGAUAAUGAUUAUCACAGCACGAUCUCAUCGCAAGAGCAUCCGAGUUAUCAGGAUAGCGGCGCCGAUUUCUAUGGACUCGCUGUGGCGAAUAAUGAACAGAAAUACAAUGCCUAUGGACGCUCACCAUUCCCCGAUACCUAUGGCUCGGAGUAUGGUUCGUAUGAUCCAACGCGUUUCUCAUCGAUGAGCGGUCAAUCACCGGCAGAUCAAUGGGGCGUGCAUCAUGGUGGGCAACAUUCGGCCGCGUAUAUGAAUACGAUGAGUUUGGAGAAGGCACUUAUGGGCGCAUAUCCCAUGCAAGGUGGUGUGCCGUGCUUUACCGGCUCUGGGCCGAUACAGUUGUGGCAAUUUCUAUUGGAGCUACUGAUGGAUAAGACGUGUCAGGGCUUUAUUUCGUGGACUGGCGAUGGCUGGGAGUUCAAGUUGACCGAUCCCGAUGAGGUUGCUCGUCGCUGGGGUAUACGCAAGAAUAAGCCAAAAAUGAACUACGAAAAGCUCAGCCGUGGUCUCCGCUAUUAUUACGACAAGAAUAUCAUCCAUAAGACGGCCGGAAAGCGCUACGUCUACAAAUUCGUUUGUGAUCUACAAAACCUGAUUGGCUACACGCCAGAAGAAUUAUGUGCUAAGUAUGACCUCAAGACGGACAAGAAAGAUGACGACUAGAUUGCUGUUUGAAGGCUGAACGCCUAGGCGGUAAACUAAAGUUAGCUAUGACUACAGCAACGAGCCCCCAAGCCAACCAACCCUAACUCACACAUACACACACACACAUACACUCAAAGUGAACUUAAAGCUGUGCUUUAAUUGCGAGCGUAAACUUGACAAUGCCAAAUGCUAUGAGAUCAUCGAGCUAACCUCAUUUUUGGUUCCAAGUUCGCACAUGUAGGCGCCCGCUAGUGGUGUGUGUGGUCGGGAGUUGCGGUGCAUGCAUGUGAAUGUGGAUUCUUCCAAAUGUGCUUAAUUGUCGAAAGUACACACACACACAUUUAUUACACAUACACACAUAAAUAUAUAGACGCAUACAUAUUUACACAUUUACAG